AUGCCGUCUCUCACGCCUCUCCGGCGACUUCUCGUCGCUAAUAGAGGCGAGAUUGCCGUCCGUAUCAUACAAGCCGCUCGCGAGCUUUCGCCUCCUAUUGAGGUGUUUGCCAUAUACACGGACGAUGAUCGUUCCCAUUGCGAAAUCGGCUGUCCGCACCAGGCGUUGCGCGUCCCGUCGGUGUCUGCCUAUCUGGACAUUCCGGUCUUGGUCCAUCUGGCUCAGGAGCAUGCCAUCGACGCUGUGCAUCCUGGGUAUGGCUUCCUCAGUGAAAGUGCCGAGUUUGCUACACGCAUGCAUGACGGUGGAGUUACAGUCAUCGGACCCGGGUGGGAAGCUCUGGCUCGCACAGGUGAUAAACUCCAAGCGAAGCAGCUGGCCAUUGAGUGCAACGUUCCCGUUUUACCGGCAAUGGCGCAUCCCACCGCUGAUCUGGCGAAAAUCCGAGCCUUCGCUGAUCAAAUACAUUAUCCUGUGGUGAUCAAAGCAGUAGAUGGCGGUGGAGGCCGUGGCAUACGGCUUGUACAACAAGAGGACCAGCUAGAGAGCGCGGUCCGCGGUGCGACAAGUGAAUCGCCGUCGCAGACUGUUUUCGUGGAAAAGGCUGCCGUGUCUGGGUUUCGGCAUAUCGAGGUACAAAUCAUCGGCGACGGGACGGAUGUGCGACAUUUGUGGGAGCGCGAUUGUAGCAUACAGCGUCGCUUUCAGAAAGUCGUGGAAGUGGCGCCAUCUUCAAUCAAUAAUCGGGCUCUUGUGCACCAAGUGGCGGAUGCAGCUCUCCGAAUGGCGAGAGUAAUCCAUUAUCGGUCCCUGGGAACAGUGGAAUUUUUAAUUAACGAAUACCAGGAAGAGUUUUACUUUCUUGAGAUCAACCCACGCCUACAGGUGGAACACACCAUCACGGAAGCCAUUACCGGUGUGGAUCUGGUACAGGCACAGUUGCAAGUGGCGCAGGGGUGCAGUCUCGCGCAACUGGGGCUCAAUGAAUCGGCACCAGCCCUGUCUCGUGUCCAUUCAGUUCAGCUCCGGUUAUGCGCGGAGGACCCUCGGAAUCACUUCUCGCUGAGUAUAGGCAAGGUGACUGACUUUUUUGUUCCGGGUGGCAAUGGUGUUCGAGUCGAUACGCAUAUCAGCAUGGCCAACAUAAGCCCCGUGGUGAUAGGCACGCAGUUAGACAAUCUGCUGGCCAAAAUCAUCGUCACGGCGUCUACUUGGGAAGCGACAGUGCUGAAGGCUCAACGCGUACUUGCAGACGUAAGGAUAGCCGGGAUCCAGACGAACCUGGAGUUACUGCGAGGGAUAGUCAGUCAUGAAGACUUCCUUGCGGGCAACAUAGACACGCAAUGGCUGGAGUCACAACUAGAUCAGAUAAUCCAGCUAGGAGGGAAUGUGAAACCAUCUCAUAUUCUGACACCGACGCAGAUAUCUCAAGCCCCUGCGCUUCCCAGUAUGCCCGCUUCCAAUCUCUUAUUCCGACGAGGCGACGCCUGGUCCAUCAGCCUCGCACCAUUUGACGCACCUCGGCAGCAGCAAGAAGAACAACAUCACCUCCAGAUCACUCGCGUGCUACAAAACGACUUCCCUGCCUCACUCACAGCCGAGAUCGAGUACAAAACGCGCUCAUCUUCUACGGCUCAUCGACUGCAGCUCGUGGCUGCCCCAACCGCGGCGUCUGCUCUUGUCACAUCGUCUCAUCGGCGCGGAGACGUGAGUAAUCCGCGGCAUAUUGUCCUCCCUCUAUCUGGGAGACUGAUCGAAGUACUUGUUUCCGCGGGGGAUGUGGUAGCUGAGAAUCAAGUGGUGGCAUUUGUCAAGCAGAUGAAAAUGGAGCUGGAGGUGCGUAGUCCGCGCGCAGGACGGGCGCAAUGGGUGUAUGAGAUGGAAGAGGAAGAAGAGGACGUGUCGGAAGGGAUGCUGUUGGUGGAGUUGGAGGGGAUGAGAGGGAAGCUGUAG